AUGUCGCAAUCACCACCACAAGAGAGCCGAGGGAUGCCGCCAGAACGCAAACGCAAACGGUCCGAGGAGCGAGACGUGGGCGUCUUUGUCGACAUCCCGCAGCCGUCGAGUUCGGCCAUGCAGGCGUUUCACGCAGCGCAACACAGCCAGACGGGCACACAGAUCUCGCUGCCCGCGUCGAUCUUCGAUGGUCUCGGCGCCCCAACCGCCGCAGCUGAAUCCCACUCCGAGUACGUGCCCUCCAGCCAUGCGCAUUCGUCGGUGGCGGUCGAGGCCAUGCGCCCAUUGCCCGCCAUGGACGUGCGCGCAUUCGAGCCGUUCCUCGACGACACGACCGGCAUGGAUCUCGACCGGGCAGACAAGGUGCAGCAACGCGUCGACAGCUCGCCCGUCGAGUCGUUCUCGCCUGCCGAAGUGGUCAAGGCGCAGGAUGUGCCGAGGGUGGGUGCAUGGGUGCUGCCCGAACUCACCGAGGAGAAUGCGAAUCCAAGGCUGCCCGAUUAUACGUCGCAGGAGGUGCUCAGCCAGAUUCCGUAUCCGAUUCUGGACAGGGAGGAGCAAGAGGCGCAGCAGGCGCAGCAGGCGCAGCAGGCGCAGCACAUGGUGUCGCAACCAUCGCCCGAGCGGCAAAGGUCGUCGCCACCGCCAGUUCAGUCGACUCCCGCAAACCCAGCGGUGCAGUCGGAGCCAGAGAUGGUGCUUACGCAGCCCAUCCCCGACGCGCCCGAAUCCACGCCCGCACUGCCACCACCCACCGCGGUGGCGAGCCAGGUGGAUGCUUCGUCCGGCUCGUCGACGAGCUCUUUGGGCUGGUCGACUCUCCCCCGCCGCGAAGUGGUCGAACUCGUCCACCGCUCCCCGCACAUCCCGGAACUUCUCAAGGACGAGAUCGAGCGAUUCAUCAUGCGCGCCUCGCGCACCGCCGCAAAACCGCGCCACGCUCGUGGAUCCCACUCGCAAUCGCGCAGCAACGACGAUUCGGAAACGCAGGAGGACGGCGUACUGCGCACGAAGAAAGUAUGGUGCAUGGACCUGCUCCUCCUCUCACCCUCCUCGUCUCAAAUGGUAGGCUCCGAGUUGGUGCAGAGGUUGACGCAGCAGACACAGCACAGUUCGCAGUCGACAAGGGGUGGGGUAGCGGUGAUCCUCAUGCUCGAUACGCACGAGAGCACGUUUGACGUGCACGAGCUCGACGAGUCGCUCGCCGCCGUGCUGCGCGCCGACCGACGAUACAGCGUGCAGUUCGAUGCCCAAGGUAGGCGAUGGCAUACGACCACGGCCGGGGUGGAGGAUGAAAGCGAGGCUAGAAGCAGUGCGUUGGAGCAACGGCUGGAAGCGCUACUGCAAGAGGUGGAAGCGCUGGGGGAAGAGAAAAGGGUGGUGGAGAGGGAGAGGGACGAGGUGCGCGGGCAGCACGACUUUGUGCGUGGCCUGUACGACCGUGCGUCGGCAGCGGCUGCCAGUGCCCAGUCGGCGCUAGGCGAGGCCGAAGCACGGGUGGGGCUGUUGGAGCGACAGCUGACGCAGGGGUUGAAGGUGCAUUCUGCCGCGCUCGAGAUGCAGGUGUCGAGGUGGAAGGGCAAGGUGCGCAGGCUCGAGGCGCAGGUGCAGCUGUACCAAGCACAGGACAGAAGGACGGAUGAGGGGGUGAGGAAGAAGGCGGCACUGUGGGAUGCGUUGCAGCGCGAAGAGAAGCAGAGGGAGAAGAUGCGGCUGGAUCGGAUCAGGGCGCACGACGAACGCAAGAGGCAGAUGGGUGAUGGUCUGGGUCCUUUUGCCCCGCCUCAACGCACCGAGCCAAGCGAGGUUGCCAACUCGAAGCGUAUCGAGGCGGAGAGUGGUGGAGAAGAGAUGGACGAGCUAGCGGCACUUGCACUUGAAGCGGCCCAAGCUGGCGACACGCCCACCGCCGGUCGCAGUCGCCGCCGUCGCGGGCUCGGUGCAUCCCAACCGCCCCCAACGGCAAGCGAGGUGGCAGCGCAGGUGGAGGCGGCCAACCUUGCAUCGGCGACAGCCAGGGAGGAUUCGGCACAGGAUGUCGAGGAUCAGUUUGCGCUGUUUCCGACACCCUCCGCGCCCGUGUGGACGCAGAGUCUGCCGUCGAGCCAUACCGAGGUUGAGGCUGCGGGCGAAGAGGUGUUUCCCAUCACCCAGCCAUAG